AUUGGCAAGACUGAUUUUAUUAACCUAGCUUUUUCUCAUGAAAUAAGUUGAUUAAGUUAAGUUAAAAAUGUUGUCUUUUAUAUCGAAGAAAUCAAAUAGCAUAGCUUCGAAUACACGGAAUUUUCUGAGACAUUCAACAUCAAGUCAAGCAUUGAAGCCUACAGAAGAAGUGAACUCUAGCAAUAAUAAACCGAAGGAUGGGAGGAAAAGUUAUGCUGAAUUCAGACACAUCUAUCCUGAAUUUCUGCCUGAUCCCAAGAUUGAAUUCAGGAAUUCAAUUAGGGAGAAGCUUGAAAGAAGUGACAUGAUUGCAAGGAGAACAUUGAUUGAUAUUCCUGAAUUCUAUGUUGGUACUAUUAUGGCAGUGACAGUAUCUGACAAACACACUCCAGGAAAGCCAUUAAGAUUUGUUGGUAUUUGUAUUAAGAGGGAGGGUUGUGGACUGAGAUCAACAUUCAUAUUGAGGAAUGUUGUCGAUCAUCAGGGCGUUGAGGUGAUGUACGAGCUUUACGAUCCAACUAUUCAAAAAAUCGAGGUAUUGAGGCUGGAGAAGAGACUGGAUGAUGAGCUGCUGUAUUUGAGGGAUUCUUUAUCAGAGUUUAGUACUUUUGAUUCGAAUAUGGAAGCUGAAAUUUUGGCAGAGGGAACGCCCGUACCCGUAAAUCCAAUCAAAGUCCAGCUGAAACCUAGGCCAUGGCUGGAAAGGUGGGAGCGAAAGAAUUUAAAAGGCGUCGAAAAGAUAGAUUUGCCUGAGAAGUUUUUCAAACGCGCCGCUGAACUGGCGAAACCUUACGAAAAAUACGACCUGAUGAAGCAAUACAUGGGAACCAUCCCGGAGGAGGAACAGAACGAAAUAUUUGCCGAAAUUCAGUCGCAACUUCAUAAACUGGAGGUAACGAGGAAGAAGAUGAAGAGGAAGCGUACGUUCGUGAAGCCUACGAAGUUGGCUUAGAUAUGGAGUGUAAUUAAAUAAUUUGUAAUAUAUUUGUGGAUUAAAAGUUGUGUAACAAAUAAAAUACGUACAAUUAAA